AUGGACGAUCUCGUCGAGAAGGUGACUCAGGACUUGCCACUCAGAACGAGUACUGCAGGUCAAACCAGAGGACGUCAAAACGCACAUACAAAAGAAUCGCUGUACCGAGUCAUCGUCCAGAAUCCGGUUUCGCCGCUAAACAGUAUAAUCCGAACGCCAGUAUGGCUAGACAGUCCAGACUUGCGAUUUAUACGACUAGACGAUAAACGCUUGCAACGCGCGAUUCAGGUGUUUAACGAGCAGCUGUGCAACUGGACUACGUUAGAUUACAUUCAGCUCUAUUCCACAACUAACCCGCUUUUUGACGCGCCUCACGGCAACAUUAGUGCUUAUUAUAUAGACGUGAGCACCUCGUACGGGGAAGCAAUGGUGCGUUUGCUCGAGUAUCAACUAGGAGAGGGCGUGCCCGAAUUUGUACACGACUUGUACAAUUUACUAGAACUUCGCGUGCCCAAGAAAAACUGCAUGGAAGUGGUCUCACCCCCUAGUGCAGGUAAAAAUUUUUUCUUUGAUGCCCGUCAGCUUUUAUUUAACCGCGGCACCAUUCACAACUUUAAUCGCUAUUCAAACUUUCCGCUCCAGGACGCGGUAGGUAAACGAUGGCUGAUUUGGAACGAACCAAACGGUGAAUCGGCCGCGUACGAAACGAUCAAGAAACUUUUUGGUGAUGAUGUGGACAAUGUAGCGGUCAAGUACUCGCCGGACAUGAUUGUGACACGGACCCCGGUGAUUGUGCUCAGCAACAACGAGACGUUUCCACGUGACGAAGCCUUCAACCACAGAAUGUUGCGCUACAAGUGGCGCUCCUGUCCAGCUCUCAAGCAGUACGACAAGAAGAUUCUACCCCUCGCACUCAUCUUGCUGUUUGACAACUACCUGAACGACCAAGAAUACAAACUGCAAAGAAACUUGAAAUAA